CAAUUAUUUCAACAGUGCUCACACCAAUGUACCUUUUCCUCUCUACAGGUUCCCUAGACCCAACCAAAUAAAUCCCACCACAUUCCCCAACAUUCCCAUUACAACUGAAACCUCAGUUGCCAACCAGAACACACACACACACAAACAACAAUGUCAUCCACAAAAUUUGCACAACUACAACUACAAGCCACCAUGGUCAUGGUGCUUCUUCUGUUGCUGUUGAGCAUUCUAACCACCUCUACUUCCACUCCAACUUCAUCAUCACCUUCCCAUCAUAACCUGACAUACCCUCAUUUUCAGCAGCUCAAUGUGAAAGCAAUCAUUGCAGAAACUAAACUGAACCCGAAACCAAAGCCUACUAAAAUACCCAAACAACCCCAUAAACAGCAAAACCUCAACACAGAGUCUGAGAGUGAAGGAUCAGGAAAAUUGAAACUGAAGCUAAUUCACAGAGAUAAAAUCAGCACCUUCAACACUUCCCGUGAUCAUCGCAGCCGAUUCAAAGCACGAAUGCAGAGAGACGCCAAAAGGGUCGCCGCCGUUGCCCGCCGCCUCGCAAUCGCCGCCGGGUACGAAACAGAGGCUUUCGGGUCGGACGUGGUUUCGGGCAUGGAGCAAGGGAGUGGAGAGUACUUCGUUCGAAUCGGAGUCGGAAGCCCAGCCAGAAACCAAUACGUGGUUAUUGAUUCCGGCAGCGACAUCAUCUGGGUCCAGUGUCAACCGUGCACGCAAUGUUACCACCAAUCCGACCCGGUGUUCAACCCGGCGGAUUCAUCCUCUUUCGCCGGCGUUUCUUGCGGCUCUACCGUGUGCGGCCGCGUGGAGAAUGCCGGGUGCCACGAAGGGAGGUGCCGCUAUGAGGUUUCUUACGGCGACGGAUCCUACACCAAAGGGACGCUCGCCCUUGAGACACUCACUUUCGGGCGAACCGUGAUCCGAAACGUGGCAAUCGGGUGCGGGCACAGGAACCAGGGUAUGUUUGUUGGAGCUGCUGGGCUUUUGGGACUUGGAGGUGGGCCCAUGUCUUUUGUGGGCCAGCUUGGCGGCCAAACAGGUGGCGUGUUUAGUUAUUGUUUGUUAAGUCGGGGCACCGAGUCCUCUGGGUCACUUGAAUUCGGGCGGGAAGCGGUGCCGGUGGGCGCUGCAUGGGUUACCCUGAUCCAUAACGCACGGGCCCCUAGUUUUUACUAUGUUGGGCUUUCGGGCCUUGGAGUUGGAGGCUUGCGGGUUCCUGUUUCCGAGGAUGUUUUCCGGAUGAAUGAAUUAGGUAAUGGAGGGGUGGUCAUGGACACCGGCACGGCGGUGACGAGGCUGCCGACAGUGGCUUAUAACGCUUUCCGGGAUGCUUUUAUCACCCAAACCACAAACCUGCCUCGGGCCUCUGGAGUAUCCAUUUUUGACACUUGUUAUGAUUUAUUUGGGUUUGUGUCGGUUCGAGUCCCGACUGUAUCCUUUUAUUUCUCGGGUGGGCCUGUCCUGACCCUCCCAGCUAGGAACUUCUUAAUUCCCGUUGAUAAUGUGGGGACUUUCUGCUUUGCAUUUGCACCUUCUCCUUCCGGGCUUUCCAUCAUAGGGAACAUCCAGCAAGAAGGAAUUGAAAUUUCGAUAGAUCAAGCAAGUGGGUUUGUAGGAUUUGGACCCAAUGUCUGUUAAGUCCUAUGUAAUCAUGUAUAUGAAAAUGAAUGUUCUGAAUUUUGCUAGUUUUAGUAAUGUCAUAUAUUGUAUUAAUAUAUAGUUUACAUAUAAAGGAAUAAUUAAGUAAUGCAUGUGGUUAUAA